UCCGAGGGGCGGGGGGCCCACAUCCCCACGCGGGCCUCCGGGCUCUCGGCCCCCGGUGGUCCCGCCGGACCCCUCAGGGGACCCCUACCGCCGUCGGCCUCGCCCGCCGCGCUCCGGCCCGGAAGCAGACACGGUCCGGCCGGUGUCCGCGCCGCCAUGCCCUCUCGGGGAGACCUGGUGCGCGACUGGCACCGGGGCGUGCAGGCUGUGGAGCGCGGGGACUGGGGCUGCGCCCUCCGCCUCUUCUCGGGUGACCCGGAGCCGCCCGCCAGGAUGUGCUUCAACGUGGGCUGCGUGCACCUGCUGGCCGGGGACCCGGAGGCCGCGCUGCGGGCACUUGACCAAGCAGUGACCAAGGACGCCUGCCUGGCUGUUGGCUUUUUCCAGCGAGGAGUGGCCAACUUCCAGCUGGAGAGGUUCCAGGAGGCCCUGACUGACUUCCAGCUGGCCCUGGCUCAGCUCAGGGGUAACACCACCAUCGACUACACGCAGCUGGGCCUGCGGUUCAAGCUGAAGGCCUGGGAGGUGCUCUUCAACGUGGGAGCCGCACAGUGCCGGCUGGGACUCUGGGCUGAGGCCACCCGCAGCCUAGAGGAAGCCCUCUCGAAGGGGCUGGAGGGGGCCGGCGAUGAUCUGCACGCCGCCCUGGGCCAGCUGCAGAAGCAGGUCCCCCUGCAGCCUCGGCAGGUCCCCAGGGGUGAGGUCUUUCGGCCCCACAGGCGGCACCUGGAGCAUCUGGAACCAGUGGAUUUCCUGGGCAAGGCCAAGGUGGUCUCCUCUGCCAUCCCCGACGACCAACAUGAGGACAGCCAGCCUCGGCAGCCCCAGGUUCGGGGUGUGGACGGCGAAGGCAGACCUGGAGCUGCCCCACGGGCCAGAGGCUCAGGCCAGUGCAGAACGGCCAGACCCUGCGGUCCCAGGAUGGCUCCUGAGGCAGAGACAGAGGUCGGCUCUGGAUGGGGGGCACAGCUGACUCCCCGGCCACACACCUCACCACUGGGUCUGCUGCAGCAAGCCCCAGGCCAGGGAAAGCUGCCUGGACCUCAGGGGCCUGCACCCCUGGCCCCCAUUCCCAGCCUGUGGCUUUUCCUGCAGAGGCCCCGUGUGGAGCAGGUCGGCAGACAGGUUCCUCCACGGCUGCCGGUGGCCGGGGACCAGAACCCCCACCCUUCAGAGGAUCCCUUGGGUGCUGGGGGAGCGGCCAUGGAGGAACCUGCGUCCUUGGUGACCGUCACUGUGCAGUGUGCCUUCACCCUGGCCCUGAGGGUCCCGAGAGGAGUGGACCUGGCCGGCCUGCGGGGCCUGCUGAGCCAAGCCCUCGGUCACCAGGCCCAGCGUGCGCAGCUCAGUUACCAAGACCCCAGCAACAAGGGGCGCUGGGUCCCCCUCCCUGGGGAGGAGGCGCUGCAGAGGGCCUGGAGGGACUCGGGGGCCAGCGCUGGGGCCCUGCAGCUUCAGUGCCGGCCACAGGGAGCAGGUAGCCGAGCUGCCCUCUACCAGGUGGUGGCCCAGCACAGCUACUGUGCCCGGGGGCCCGAGGACCUGGCCCUGCAGCGGGGGGACGUCGUGGACGUGCUGUGUGAAGUGGACCAGGCCUGGCUGGAGGGUCACUGUAACGGCCGCGUCGGCAUCUUCCCCAAGUGCUUUGUGGUCCCAGCUGGACAGGACGUGUGAGGAGCCCGAC